AUGCUAGAGUCGAAAUCUAAAACAAGAUUACCCCAGAUGGGUAGAGCUCAAGUCUCAGAAUCCCAUCCCGCUACAAAUUCGGGCAGCCUCACGGAUUCUGGGGGAGGCAAGAAAUCGACAGACUACAACAAACAAAAACGAAAACGGACACAGAUUAUAUCCAUUGCCACUUAUAAUAUUAGAACGAUGAGAACAAAUGACCACUUGGAAGAAUUAGAACAAGAACUGAGUAAUAUUAAUUGGGACAUAGUAGGCCUAUGCGAAACAAGGUUGCAAGGAGAAAAAAUGACAACUCUAAAUUCUGGACACGAUAUGUUUCAAAACAACUCAGAAACAAAUCAUAGCCAAGGAGGAGUAGCUUUUAUUGUAAACAACAAAUUCAAACACCUCGUCACUAAAUACCAUUCAGUAUCAAAUAGAGUGAUAUAUCUAAUAAUACGCUUAAACCAAAGAUACAGUAUCCAGCUGAUACACUGCUAUUAUGCACCUACAAGCUCAGCGAGCAGUGAAUUGAUUGAGAAAUUAUAUGAAGACAUUAGCCGGGCUAGGAACCUUGAAAAUACACAUUACGUAAUCAUAACUGGAGACUUUAACGGCAAGAUAGGGAAGAAGCAACUGGGUGAUACAAACUACAUAGGAAACUUUGGUCUCGGGGAAAGGAACGACAGAGGAGACAUGCUUGUAAACUUUCUCAACAACGAAAAAUUAUACUGUAUGAAUACUUUUUAUCAAAAACAAACUCAGAAAAAAUGGACAUGGCGGAGUCCAGACGGACGAGUAAAAAAUCAAAUAGACUUUAUCCUCACCAACAAGAAUACAAUCUGUAAAGAUGUCGAUGUGUUAAACAGUUUUCAUACAGGAAGUGACCAUAGACUAGUACGCGCCAAAAUACAAAUCUAUACUAAUAUUGAAAGGAGAAAAUGA